AUGGCCCAAGACGUGGCUCGAUCCAAGACACGCAAGCGCACACGCUCGAAACUCGAUGCACCAUCUCGGACGCGCACCUGCUCGCAGCGAGCACGACGGACGCUGCUCGAGGGCGUCGAGAAGCAAGCGUCCAUCCACGGUGCGGCGGCCGCGAGCAAGCGCACGAGUGCUCGCCGGCACGCGCGGCGCAAGUCGUCGGUCUGCGCAUGCACCUGCACACCCGUUGCCGCCAUGGCGAGGCUCUCUCGCGCGGCGAGGCCGAUUCGGGACUUGCCGACGACGGCGCAGGCCCGGGAGGGGCAGGGGCACGAGGGAGGGGGCAUGGGGAUGGCGAUGGGCCGAGAUGGGGAGCGCAGCACCAGAGCCGGCACGGAAUGCCGCAACCACUGGCACGCAAUUUGUCAACAUGACAGGCGAACCCCCGCCCCCCGCCGACGGCAGAACGACGUGGCACCGCUCCAGCACUCGCAUCCACGACGUGAAACAUGCUUGUAA